AUGGCCGGCAUCAGGUAUACUUAUGUGAAGCAGGAUUUCUCGGGAGGACUUGUGGAUAAGCAAGAGAAGGAGAGAGUGAAGGCGGAUGUUAGUGCGAGACCCCUGCUCAGUGGCUCUCAGGAGAGGAGGAUACUCCUCCCACAGGAACCGUAA